GUCCCGGGCGGUGCCACUGGGGAGCCCUGCCCUGCCCUGCCCUGCCCUGCCCCCCACGGGCGACCUUUGGCUGCCCGGCUCCUUGUGCCGCUGCCUCGCGUCGUCGCAGAGGCCGGAGAGCCGCCGCCGCCGCCCCGUCCAGCAUGCGGCUCCCCCCGGCUUGGGCGGCCGUCGCCCUCUCGCUGCUCGCCUUCCCCAUCUCCAGCACGCUGAACAGCCUGGCCGCUCUGGAACACUCCUGGGUCAUCGCCUUGGUGGGUGCCCUGGUCCUUCUGGGCUUGACUGUUCUGGUCUACCUCUCCAGUCCAUCCCAGGAUCCUUUCUUCUAUGUGUUCAUGGUCUUUUCCUUCACGUCUGUGAUUGACAUAAUAAUUGCGCUGGAAGAAGACGGUUAUAUUGGCGGAUUCAUGGAGUUCUACAUGGAAGAGGGUGAGCCGUAUCUCCACACAGCCUAUGGCAUUAUGAUCUGUUACUGGGACGGUGUGGUCCACUAUGGUCUCUACCUGAUGAUGAUUACCGCCAUGUCUCAAGGAAAGAGUUUCCGGAAUUUCGGCCUCUAUUGGAUCGGAUCCCUCACAAUGAGUCUUGUCGUUUUCCUGCUGGGUAACGUUGUUGGGAAAUACGGGUCUGAGAUCCGGCCGGCUUUCCUCCUCAACUUCCCUUAUCUUCUCAUCCCCAUCUGGGCUGCAAGGAGAAUCUUCAGCCAGCCCAAGACGCUGCCUCGUCUGAUGGCGGAUAAGGUUUCUGAAGAGCAGAGCAAAAGUCUGCUCAGGCGCCCGCUGGACUUGGGACUGGUCGGGUUUCUUCUCCUUGCCGCCGCAUUCACGCUCUUCCGAGGCCUGGUUGUCUUGGAUUGCUCGGCUGAUGCUUGCUUCAAUUAUGUGUACCAGCAAGAGCCAUACCUGCGGGAUUCUGUGGCGUACCCCAAGGUCCAGAUGUUGGUCUUCCUCUUUUACCUCCUCCCGUAUUUCUGCCUCUGCUUCUAUGGGCUACUCUGUCCUGGCUGCACCUGGAUGCCGGACUGGGCCUUGGUUUUUGCUGGUGCCGUGGCGCAGGCACAGUUCUCGCACGUUGGGUCUUCCCUGCACCCCCGCACUCCCUACCCCUACCGCACCCCUGAAGCGGCUUGGUGGCCUGUGGUGAUCUCCAACGUGGCCUACGCCUUGGGGCCCCACCUCCUCGCCUACCGCUGCCUCUGCAGUCCCGCCUUCUUCUAUCCGGUGGCCGCCCGAGACGAAGACAAAAAGAAGCAGUGAGACGGGCGGAGGCCUCCCCUUCGUGGAGCAAAACGUGCCCCACGCCCGACUGAAGAGGGGCUCUGUCUCGGGGGGGGGGGGGGGUGAGACGGCUCUUCCACAGUCCUUGCUCUCUGCUCGAGGGCCUGCGCUGAGCAUUGGAAGUCAACCUCGAAUUGGGACCCAAGCAAGGCAUUGUGGGAGCUGGCAAGUGAUGCAGAAGCACCUGGGCAUCCUCAUGACAACUUCCUGUGUGGGGCGGGGGGCGGAAGUAGGUUCAAGGCGCUUUGCUGCUGUCGUGUAGAUGCCAGUUAUUGCAGGCCAGGGCUGCAUUUGGUUGGGGUUCAGGGCUCUAUUUUCUAAAUGAAAGGGAAUUUUUUUAAUGUAAAGAAAAGUCCAGAAAUUGGCCAUGCAGGUACUCUAGGAAGUCCUUGUUUACGACAUUAAAAACAUAUGUGUGAUUUUUAA